GAUUCGGGGAGCCGACGCCAGGCGCUGGCCGUGGUGCUGAUUCUGUCAGGCGCUGGCGGCGGUGGCGGCCCCGCUCUCUUUCCCCCGCCGGACCCGGCUCUGCCCGGAGCCCACGCCCCACAGAGUCUUCAGCCCUCCCGCCGCGGCCGCGGCCCAGGGCGCGGCUGCAGCCGGCACCAUGCAUCCGGCAGCCCUGCUGCUCCUGCCCUUGCUGCUGGCACUCCUGGCUCAUGGACUCUCCUCAGAAGCCCCAACUAUGGGUGAAGGGCAGGCCCCAGACAUCAAGGAGACAGAUGUGGAAAUGACAGCAGCCCCUACACCUGAGCAGCCAGAACGAGGAGUCCACUUUGUCACAACAGCCCCCACCCUAAAGCUGAUCAACCACCACCCGCUGCUAGAGGAAUUCCUACAAGAGGAACUGGAGAGGAGCCAGGAGAGGCUGAGGCCAGCAUUGCCCUUCCAGCCUGACCCACCUACACGCUUCAGUCCGAGUCCCCUCCCUCGCCUGGCCAACCAGGACAACCGUCCUGUCUUCACCAGCCCCACUCCAGCCACUGCCACAGCACCCACUCAGCCGCAAUCCAGGGAGGGCCCCUGGAGCCUGGAAUCGGAGCCUCCCGCGCUUCACAUUACAGCUCCUCUACCUCCAGGGCCCAGCAUGGCAGUACCCACUCCAGGCCCACGGGAGAGGCCCAGCACUACGCCCCCUGGCAGGACAUGGACUCCAACCCAAGAGGGUCCAGGUGACAUGGGCAGGCCAUGGGCUCCAGACGUCAUGUCUCAGACCACAGGACUCAGGCUCGAGGGGACCACUGCCACAUCCAUGGCUUCAGGAGAUGACGAAGAGACCACCACCACUACCACCAUCAUCACCACUACCAUCACCACAGUCCAGACACCAGGCCCUUGUAGCUGGAAUUUCUCAGGCCCAGAGGGCUAUCUGGCCUCCCCCUCAGCCUCUAAUUUACCCCCUGAUGUUGGCCUGGACUGUUUCUACUACAUCUCUGUCUAUCCUGGUUAUGGUGUAGAAAUCAAGGUCCUGAACAUCAGCCUCCUGGAGGGAGAGACAGUAACUGUGGAGGGCCUAGGGGGGCCGGACCCACUGCCUCUGGCCAAUCAGUCUUUCCUGCUGCGGGGCCAAGUCAUCCGCAGCCCCACCCACCAAGCAGCCCUGAGGUUCCAAAGUCUCCCACCACCUGCUGGGCCCGGUACCUUCUAUUUCCACUACCAAGCCUAUCUCCUGAGCUGCCACUUUCCCCGACGUCCAGCUUAUGGAGAUGUGACUGUCACCAGCCUCCACCCAGGAGGUACUGCCCGCUUUCACUGUGCCACAGGCUACCAGCUGAAAGGCACCAGGCUCCUUUCCUGUCUCAAUGCCACCCAGCCCUUUUGGGAUUCCCAGGAGCCUGUCUGCAUUGCUGCCUGCGGUGGGGUGAUUCGCAACACCACCAUUGGCCGCAUUGUCUCUCCGGGCUUCCCGGGCAACUACAGCAACAACCUCACCUGCCAUUGGCUGCUUGAGGCUCCUGAGGGCCAGCGGCUGCACCUGCACUUCGAGAAGGUUUCUCUGGCAGAGGAUGAUGACAGGCUCAUCAUCCGCAAUGGCGACAAUGUGGAAGCCCCGCCCGUGUAUGAUUCCUAUGAGGUGGAAUACCUGCCCAUUGAGGGCCUGACCAGCUCUGACCGACACUUCUUUGUGGAGCUCAGUACCGACAGCAGUGGGGCGGCUGCAGGCAUGGCCCUGCGCUAUGAGGCUUUCCAGCAGGGUCAUUGCUACCAGCCUUUCGUCAAAUAUGGCAACUUCAGCAGCAGUGCACCCUCAUACCCUGUGGGUACAACUGUGGAGUUCAGCUGUGACCCUGGCUACACCCUGGAGCAGGGCUCCAUCAUCAUCGAAUGUGUUGACCCCCAUGAUCCCCAGUGGAAUGAGACAGAGCCGGCCUGUCGAGCCGUGUGCAGCGGGGAGAUCACAGACUCGGCCGGCGUGGUGCUCUCCCCCAAUUGGCCUGAGCCCUAUGGCCGUGGGCAGGACUGCAUCUGGGGUGUGCAUGUGGAGGAGGACAAGCGUAUUAUGCUGGACAUCCGUGUGCUGCGCAUUGGCCCUGGUGACGUGCUUACCUUCUACGAUGGGGAUGACCUGACAGCCCGGGUUUUGGGCCAGUACUCGGGGCCCCGUGGCCAUUUCAAGCUCUUUACCUCUAUGGCUGAUGUCACCAUCCAAUUCCAGUCAGACCCCGGGGCUUCAGUGCUGGGUUACCAGCAAGGCUUCGUCGUCCACUUCUUCGAGGUGCCCCGCAAUGACACGUGCCCGGAGUUACCUGAGAUCCCCAAUGGCUGGAAGAGCCCGUCGCAGCCUGAACUGGUGCAUGGCACCAUGGUCACUUACCAGUGCUACCCCGGCUACCAGGUGGUGGGAUCCAGUGUCCUCAUGUGUCAGUGGGACCUAACCUGGAGUGAGGACUUGCCUUCCUGCCAGCGGGUGACUUCCUGCCAUGACCCUGGGGAUGUGGAGCACAGCCGACGCCUCAUAUCCAGCCCCAAGUUUCCCGUGGGGGCCACCGUGCAGUAUAUCUGCGACCAGGGUUUUGUGCUGACGGGCAGUGCCAUCCUCACCUGCCAUGACCGCCAGGCUGGCAGCCCUAAGUGGAGUGACCGGGCCCCCAAAUGUCUCUUGGAACAAUUCAAGCCGUGCCAUGGCCUCAGUGCCCCCGAGAAUGGUGCCCGUAGUCCUGAGAAACAGCUAUACCCAUCAGGGGCCACUAUCCACUUCUCUUGUGCCCCUGGCUACGUGCUGAAGGGCCAGGCCAGCAUCAAAUGUGUGCCUGGACACCCCUCACACUGGAGUGACCCCCCACCCACUUGUAGGGCUGCCUCUCUGGAUGGGUUCUACAGCGGCCGAAGCCUGGAUGUUGCCAAGACACCUGCUGCCUCCAGUGCCCUGGAUGCUGCCCACAUUGCAGCUGCCAUCUUCUUCCCGCUCAUAGCAAUGGUGCUGUUGGUGGGAGGUGUGUACUUCUACUUCUUCAGGCUUCAGAGGAAAAGCGCCCUGCAGCUGCCCCCGACGCGCCCUCUCCCCUAUGACCGAAUCACCGUGGAGUCAGCGUUUGACAAUCCAACUUAUGAGACUGGAUUUCUUUCCUUCACAGGAGACGAGAGAAUAUGAAGUCUCCAUCUAGGUGAAGGCAGCCUGGGGAAGCCGGCUCAGCCCUGCACCACAGCCCAGCAACAGACCUCCUGGCUUCCUGUUGUCCCUCCACCUCCUGUACAUACCACCUGGGAAGAGAUGCCACCAAUCCCCUCAACAAGUUGUACCCUUCCCCACCUACUAUGCCUACCAGGGACCUAUUUUCUGGUAACGCUGGCCAUGAAGGGUCCUUUCUUGGGCCCAAGUC